UUCCCUUCGGUGCGUCUCGGUCCGCCCGCAGCAGUCUCUCUCCUUCCCGGCGAGCUUUCACUACAGAGAUGGCUGCGAAAGUGUGCAGAUCAGUGCUGCUGUUGUCCCGGAGCAGCGGAGCGGUGGCCGGCAGCCUCCCCGCACUUGUUGUCUCUUCACAGCGACACCAUCAGCACAUAAGACCGCAGGAGUUACUGUCUGCUUCGUUCUCCCGUCAGACUGUGAGGAGAGCACAUGGCCUACGGUCAGCAGCCCACUCCACACUCUUCAGCCAGCCUCCCACUGCCCUGUCUCCACAGGUUUGGAGGGGCGCCCCCUCAUGGCACGGCCAGAGACUGUUGUGUACCUCCCCUGCUCCAGAGGAGGUGACGGUGGUGUAUCAGAACGGGCUGCCGGUGAUCUCAGUCAGUUUGCCGUCCAGGCGAGAGCGCUGUCAGUUCACUCUAAAGCCUCUCAGCGACAGCGUGGGAGUCUUUCUGCAACAGCUCCAGGCAGAGGAUAGAGGCAUCGACCGGGUAGCUAUCUACUCCACAGAUGGAGCGAGAGUUGCCUCCUCCACAGGCAUAGACAUCCUGCUGCUGGAUGACUUCAAGCUCGUUAUUAACGACACCACGCACCUCGUGCGACCACCAAGGAGAGAGCUGUUGCCUCAUGAGGAAGCAGAGCGGCUGAAUGAUGUCAAGUAUCUAGUGCAGCAGCUAUACACGACUCUGCGCAUCGAGGAGCACCAACUUGGCAAAGAACGAGAGCUGAUUGCACGACUGGAGGACCUCAACUCUCAACUCCGCCCCCUGGAAAAGGUGAAGGAGGAGUUGAGUAGGAAGGCAGAGCGGCGCACCACCUGGCUGAUGUGGGCUGGCAUGGCGUACAUGGCCACCCAGUUUGGCAUCCUGGCUCGGCUCACCUGGUGGGAGUACUCCUGGGAUAUCAUGGAGCCCGUCACAUAUUUUAUCACUUACGGCACAGCCAUGGCCAUGUACGCCUACUACGUGCUUACACGCCAGGAGUAUGUUUACCCCGACGCUAGAGACAGACAGUAUCUGCUGUUCUUCCACAAGGGGGUGAAAAGGACACGCUUCGACAUUGAGAAAUACAACAAGCUGAAGGAUGAUAUCGCUGAGGUGGAGUUGGAUCUGAAGCGUCUUCGGGACCCGCUCCAGCUUCAGCUCCCAGUUAAGCAGCUCACCGACAGUAACAAUUGAUGGGAAAAGUGACCUCCUCCUCCUCCUCUCUUGGCUCCUACAACUCCCUCUCCCGCUUUCCUCUUUCCGUCCAACACCCUUCUCCCUCUCCUCCUACCACCAAACAAAGUCCUUAAAUCCCUCCUUCCCUAAUCCCUCCUUCCCAUCCCUUUCUCGACUGUGGGAGUUAGAUUUUUCUUUCUUUUCUUUUUAGUUUUUUUCCUUUUUUUUCUUUUUACUUUCCUGACUGAAAACUCCAGUUGGAAUUGCAAGUGAAACCGCUUUCAGACAACGCAGAAGGAUGGUGAGGAUACUGGGAACUGUAAAACUCACAGCUGAGGGAUGGUGGAGAUGAAAAUAAAGGACAAUGAUGAUGAUGAUGAUGAUGAUAUCAAAGUGGGCUCUGUGGAUAUGCCUCAAGUCUCCGGGGGGGACGGCUCAAACAGGAAUUAUUAGUCGUCUCGACACUCCAGAAGAGAGGACACACAGAGGGGUGGGUACUGUGGAGUGUCUGAGGGAUUUUAAGGGCAUGCUGGGACACCGACCCUGGCCACUCAGCAGGUCGACCUGCAGUAAAGUCCUUCUUCCUCAUGCAGUCAAACUGUUGACACCCAUGUCUGCUGUGUUCUUGGUCGGGGCGGGCUCUAUAUCACGCGAUAAAGUUUACAAAGAAGAACUGCAGUCACACCAUCAGGAGGACCUCAUCUUCCUGUGGCUGAACUGUGCUGCCUCCCUCUCCUUAGGCCACGCCUCCUCCAGGUGACGGACAGCUGUCCCUCCCAGUGUGACCUUUAUCAGGAGUCUGUCCGGACUCGCAGGAUGUAGGCAUGGUGACGCCUCCUUUCCUCUUCCUGUUGAUAUCCCGUAGCGGCCCGGUCUGUCUGCGCAAGUAUGAGAGUACUACCGACAACAACAUCACUGUGUGUUCUUUUAUUCCAAAAAAAAUAUUUUGGCACUUUUUAUUUUGAAAGCCAUAGUAUAUUUGUUAUGAAAAGAAUAUAAAUAUAUAUAUGUAUACAAUCAAAUAAACAGAUGACCAGAGGCUAGUUUAUUCAGUGGGGGGAGGAAGUCUCUACACUAAUAUCCUUUUAUCAAAAAUGCCCACUUUUCCAUACAUUAACACACAAAAGAGCUUUACAUUUUACACAUUUAUUAGGUGACACAACUAACUCCAAAUAUUUUCAUUAUAAUUAGAGAUGCAUUGAUCACGACAAACAGGGCCAACACAGAAAAUAAUGUUAGACAUAAUCUGUCUGCAUCCCGACUUGGAUACUGAUGUUUGUCCUUGACUUCUUCAUAAUUCUUCAGUUUAUUUAGGUUGUUGUUAGUAGAUACAUACAGCAUAUCAUUGACUUUUCACAGAAAUAGGGUUAAGGCAUAUUCAUACUAUGAAUAUUGUUGCCCUGUGCCAUGCUGAAACACUCAUGUCCUCUAGCCUGCAUUUCCAUUGCUCCAAGCCCAAGCAGGCCACAGCAUGAAUACAUCAACAUGGUGUAUUAUGACAGUUUGCAUAUGCACUCUCACAGAGUUGGCACAAUGGAGAAACACAUGGACAAUAUGAGUUUCUGGCUUGUUUGGAGUUGUUUUGGCCAGCUACGGCUCUGUAAAAGCUGUUUCAGACUGGGUGCGUGGAGGCUACGUUGCAGCUGUGUCAUAGCUUGAUUUUCAUUUCAGUGUGCACAUUAGCAUAUCAAGGUUUUCAGACAGCCAGGUAGAGCAUGUUUUUCACUCAAAAAUACAGGAAGUUAACUAAUAUGGAGCUGUAUUUACCUCCCUGAUGAAGGCCACAAGCCACAAGUGAGAGUCAAUUAAAGUUAUUCUCUACAUACAAAAAGUACAAUUACACUUCCAGUUUGUAGUUUUUGAUUAAAAGCCUAGUUCCCAAGUUGGGAUUGACUGAGGUAAAAGCUAUGAAGAAGUCAGUGCAGUGGCAGCACAGAGAUGUUGCCAACGAAUCGAGAGGGGUCUGGCUGCAGACUUCCAAACACUCCAUGCAUCUCUGACAGCCACUCUCACUAUCCAUUCAUCUAAGAUGCCAUAUAUCUCAGAACAGAAAUACACACUGUCGAAAUAAAAUGGGAUUAAACUUCCUUUUAGAGUUGAGGUAAGGGUUAAGGUAAGGGUUAGUUAAAGGUUAAAAACCUGACCUGCAAAACCUUACAAAACAUCAUAUAAAGCCGAGUAAACGGUCUACUUACAGAAAAAAGCUCAGCUUCCAUGAAACCAUUCUAACGCAGCAAGCAUAGCUUAUGUAGCUCAGUUAGCUGCAUAAGCUACGUAGAUUAUCAUAGUCUAUACAUAGUUUAAUCCUAGGUUAGACCUCUGACCUUUUUCUCUGUUUUAUUUACGAAAUGUUUCUUAGUCUGUAGUGUUUGAAUUGUAGUUAUUUCAAGAAUGUAACAGCCAGACUUUUUUUGUGAAUAAAGUUGAAUUUAAAAUAAAUCUAAAACUGGAAAUAGUUGUACCGGCAAUUUACAGCACUUUUUGAAAUAUAUGGCACCUCAGAUAACACAUCCAAGAGAGUGGCUGUCAGAGUUGAACGAUCUGCAGCCAGACUGUCUUGCAUGAAUCUGGUAUGAAUGCCAUGUUGGCAUGAGUCGGAGUGGACAUGCACAGCAGCUGUACAUAGCAAACAUGCACCCAGUCCUAACAAUAUGUCAUGCUCAUGCUGUGCACCCUCACUUGUGUGCAUGCAAAAGUAAUCACACCAUGCUAAAACCCUCCUCUUCCAUCUGUGCCAGGGUCAGAGAAGUGUACUGUGCUUGAGUGCGAUAUGGAGCACUCACACUGGUCAAACUAACUGGACUUUCAUGGUUAAGCGUGCUUGGACAUGGCACAGAUUGCCUAGAGUGAGUGAGCCAUUCAGACUCCCACACGGCUGACAUUUUCUUUCAUGUUUUGGUCUUUUCUCUGCCCAAUAAAAAAAAACCUCUGAAUCAGCAGUCAGAUAGACUAGCUUGCAAGCUUUAAAGUGAUGCCAUACAACAGAUAUACAUCUGUGCAUGCCAUGCUAUUUGCCUAUUGGCCAACACCUUGGAACAGGGCUGCUACUGGAUAACUGUUCAUCUGAUGCAUUGCUGCAUCCCUAAUUACACCUGCCAUAACAUCUGGUAAAUAAGUCACACUUUUAAUCCCUUUUAUUCAUCCAAAAAGUUCCCUGUGUCCAAUAUACAUGUCUCACUGAAACACUCGUAGAAGUGUUAAAACAUACACUGUCAUGACCACCAAGUGCAGCUGCCACCAUCACACAUUGCACACAACCUUAUGCAUGAGAAAAUUUGCUCAUUUUCAUUGUUUGUUGCAAGCGGCUACUUCACUCUGCAAAGCUGUAUCAUUAGGUAGCAGGAGUGCACAUUAACGUAACACUGCAAAUUCAGAAUUUCGCAGUAAAUCUUUAGAACUUUACAGACAUCAUCAGGUGAUUGUCACAGAUAGUUCUUAGGCAAAUCAUGAAACCAAUGUGGAUAACUCAUGCUUUAUCUAUAAUGUCAUAAAUUCAAACAUUUCUGUAGACAAAACUGGCUCAGAGAGAUAUACGGGCAUGUUUUAAAUUAAACCCUCUGCUAGCGGAGAAUUUGAGCAAACAUUUUACCCUUUUAUUCACUCAUUCAUACUUCAUUGCUCUCCCAGUCUGUAAGAUUUUCCUUCAAGAAGUAAAACAACUAAUUUCAGGUUAUCAAACACAUCGCUUUCAGCUUUAGCAGCAUGUGAUGUGCAUUUCAACUUCAGACUUCUUAUACAUCUUUAAUAGAUCUUAAACACAACAAAGCAAAGUCUACAUCUAAAAAAUCCUUCUUGCACUCACUCUCAUGGUGAAAUAAAGGCAGAGAUUUCUCCCCCCACUGUUGCUGUAUUGCCCCCCUGCUCCCCUGAUGGCAGCGCAGGGUAGACUGCAUGCUGUGGUAUGCCCUCAGUAGAAAUUUGUGAAUGUGUAGGAGCAUUAUUGCGAUUUUGUACUCAAUUGGACUCUUUUCUUUGCCACAUCUAGCUGAAGUCUCAUCCCUCUGAUCGGGUUAAAUCAAAGGUUCUUGAAGCCAUACGUUUAUGUUCGUUUCAUUUUGGGAUGGUCACUGAAAAAAAGCUUUAUCAGCAGUUUUUUGUUCAGGGUGAGGAUUGGUGGGCCUCUCUCUGGUCACAUUAACAUCUCUUUAAAAGGGUCUCAGUGCCAUCGAUUUCCAUUACUGCAGAGGGGAAUCACACUAACAUGACAUCCGUAAAAAUAGAAUCUAGUUUGACAUUGUGUGUGAGUGUAGACAGCAGGCUGAAUCCUACUAAAGAGAUCCUUGUGUUUAAUUAAAAUGCAUGAUUUUAGGUUGAAUCAAAGGUAAGCCAUGCAGAUCUCAAGGCAGGGUUCAGCCUCAUCUGUCUCUUUGUUUGUUGAUGUGUGUUGUGUGUGCUAUCACCAAGGGAAAUGGUGCCUUUUGCAUGAUUGAUGAUGUUAACAGUGAAGCAAUUUGGCCAGCAGUGAUUGGGGGUGCACCAAUACCAUAUAGGUGCUGAUACCAAGCCUAAGUACUUUUACUCCUCAUCAUGAAACAUUGCAAAUAUCAACACAAUAUCAUUUACAGCAUGAUGUAAGCCCCUUAUUAUAUAAACAGGCAGGUGAAGUUGCAAUCAUGGAAGCCUUUGGCAAUCACCAUCAGUCACUGCCUGACUGAUGGUUGUGCUUUGGAAGCUGGGGAUGAUCCUCAGCAGGGCCCAUAAGGGGGAAAAAGGGGGGCCUGCAGGAGCACUGUCAUACCCUGCUCUUGUAUAAUCUGUCUCCACAAAGUGGUCUGGUUUGGUUUAGUACAGCUUUGCCCUGGUUUUGCACAUUAAACUCUGAUCUUGCCCCUGUUUCCUCAACUGAUGUCCAUCCAGUGUCGCUCGUUUCGACGGGAAUUCCAUCUCUUUCUAAGAGAUCCGGACAUUAGGUGGUCUAACUCCCAAAUGGCUUUUCAUUUGGUCACAACUUGGCUUUUUAAAUGUAGAUUAAAUGACAAAGAAUGGGGGAAAGGAAACUGGCAGUCAAACAGGAGCUAGCUGAAGUGGCUCACAUUAAAGAGCCAUUUCACAGCACAGGCUUGCUCGUGAAUGGCCCAUCUUUACUCAGUGGUAAAAAUCCUUUUGUUUUUUUGUAAAGUGUAGGAUCAUAUUCAACUGAGGUAGAAAUAUUCUGAAGAUAAUUAUAGUGUACAGGUCCAUUUAGAGCUUUAAAGUACUAACUUGCCUUUGUUUCCAUUCAAUUCCAAUGACUGUCCCCCCACUUCCUGACCCCAACAGACAUCGAGGAUCACAUGAUUGCAAACAACCUAUAUGGGCUACCUAAAAUCAUUUUUUUACCUAUGAAUUAUCAUCAGUAAGCUAGAAGAAGUGCUGCUUUCUGUAUGCACUUCAAAUUUUUAUCAUAUGUAGGCUGUAUGGGUGUAGGUGUCAGCACAGUCCACAGGUCAGGAUGUAAAGGAAAACUUUUAGGGAACAGGAGACAUUGCUGUGUCUUUCCUCUGUCUGUAGCAGACACUAUCAUGAAUGCAUGCAUUUUUCAUGAGAGACUUGAUAAAAUAUAUUUGCUAACAAGUUAACAGGGAAAGAGGCUGUGACGGAGGGCAGGAUGGAAAAAUACACAGAAAGGCAGAUACAGGCUCGUCUUCAUCGUCAACCUCUGCACGCCAAGAGGUACUGUUGUGUUUCCAACUCCUUCAAUCGUAAAAGGCCUUUGCACACUGGGUCCGUUUUUUCAUUUGAAUUUUCUGCAGAUUAAAAAGAAAAUUGAGCUCAUUUUGUUCUGCUUAUGUUUGCUCACUGAUGCCAAAACAUUUGUCUGGCUUUAUUUUUUGGAACAGGUUCACUUCCAUGCGAAUUUUCACAUUAGUCCAAGUCACUUAGAUGGGUGAUUUGGUGCUGUAUGAAGCUCUGUGUCAGGAUGGAUGGACCCAUAGUAGGGAUGCAGGAUAAUAGAUUAUUAUCAAUAUCUAAUAUGCUGAUAUUUACAUUGACAUUUCAUUUAAGCUGAUACAGAUAUCCAUACCAAUAUUUUAACAUGUUUUCAGACCUAAAACUCAGUCAUUUGAACACAUUUUGAAGUUUAAGGGUGAAUAAAGAAACUAAAUUUAGUCCUAAAAUCACACUUUAAAGUAAAAGGAAUGAUGAUUAAUAAAAAAAAGACCAAAAUUUAAAGUCAAUAUUGCUAAUAUCCACAGCCAAAAUAUUGGAUGUAAAAUAUUGGCAGAAAUGUUGAUAUCUGACGAUAUUGAUAUCAUGCCGAUAAUAUUGUGCAUCACGGUCUUAAACAAUUUGCCACAUUCUAGCAAUUUUAUUGCAAUGAAUUCAAAUUUAACCUAACAGACUCUGUGUGCAAAGUCUGAGUGCAUGGCAUUUUUCCGUUAGGGAACCAAAAAAGGCGCAUCCAAACAUGACGGGCUCAUUGUGCAGAGACCUUAACUGCUGUAAAACAAUCAGAAAAUAGCAUCUUCUCUCUCUGUAUCACUUCUCUCUAAUAACAACGUGGGCACUUGGGGGCUCUCAUAUGAUCACCAAUUGUGUAGAUCUGAUUUUGUUUUUUCUCCAAAAUUCAGCACUGUCAGUACUAUCGGACAUAAAAAUAACAGUUAUGGUAUUGUUGACAGCAUGUGGUAUGACAAAAGUAUUCAAAUAGGAAGAUUUUCACAACUCUACUUCAUUAGGUACAACUGUUGAACUGCUAUGAACUCAGAUUUCUAAUCAGCCAAUCACAUGGCACGUUCAGGGUCACUUAAAUGGUCUUUCCUCCACAUUUUCAUGCUCAGUUUAUCCUUAGGAUCAUUUUGACCAUGUCUACAUGCCUAAAUGCAUCAGUUGCUGCUGUAUGAUUGGCUGAUUACCAUUAAUAGGCAGUUAAACAGGUGUACCUAAUAAAGUGACCACACUUGUACUUUUGCUUACUCUGAAAAAAGUGGUAUCAGUGCAUCCCUGGCAGCAGCAAUGAUAAGAUCCUUGCAGAAGUUUUUCUCUAACUUAAAUUGAAAGCUUCACAUUAAAAAGGCUUUAAUUUCCAUGUUUAAAGUGGAAAGCCUGGAAAUCUGCCGAGUGUGCGUGCACUUGGGGCAAAGUUCAGAUCACCAUAUUCAUGAAUCCUAUGCCCCUAAUCACUGCCUUGUCAAUAGCGCUAAAAAUCAAUUCCGCCCACAUGUCACUUCAUAGCCGUCAUCGUUUUCCCUGAACAGGCCAACUUCCACACACAAAGUGACGGCGGUGUUUCCUUGGAGAUGUACCGUGGGAGGUGAGAGGCCUCUGUCUGCGGUCCAAUCCUCCCCUCUGCUGUUUCCACACCACACUUCUCUCCAUCAUCACCUACUCCUUUUUUUAGUCGCGCCAUCCACCGUUUACUGCCUUUGUUCUUUUUCUCAUUUUAUUUUCUAAAAACAAAAUAUAUCAAAUAUAGGGAAACUUUAUUAUAAAGAGGGUGUUGCAUGAAUGUAUGUUUACAUGAGAAAUUAUGUGAAAAUAAAAAAGAUGAUUUAUCAGAAAAAAUAAAUAAAAACUGCAAAGAUAAUUUAAGAACGUUGUUUGUAGAGAUUCCUAGUUAUAAAGGGGCAGUGGACAGGGCUGCAUCUUUAGGAUCCGCCCUGCCGAAUCUGACUUUAAUCCCAGCCAACCAACUGCUCAAACCUCAUCAAACCUCACUCCCAUCUUCACCUUAAUUUCCCCAUAAACCCCCGUCCUUCAGCAGCAUUUAUACCCCCAAUAAAAACACCCUCCAUCCUCGGUGCAAAGGAGGAAACCUCUUGACUUCAGUUUCUAUCGUCCUGGAUUUUUGUCCGCAGGAGAACUGUCAAGCUUAUCGGGGAACACCUCCCUUCCUUUGUCCCUCCUCUCUCCUGUCAUUUUCAUCCACCCUCAGCCUUUCUUUCUCCAAAAAUCACAUGAUUCUUCUGUUUUUGAAUGUGUGUUCUGUUUUAAAUACAUCGUUUGUGUGCAUUUACAAUAAGAUAUGUUUAAAAUGCCUAAAGAGUGAAGCAGAAUAUAGGAUUGAAAUGAUCUUGUACUCCAUUCUGACCUCUUAUUUUAUUGAGUUUUUCUUGUCUAUUUUUCUUCUGUUGACAUAUGAUGCUGUAAUGUUGGCAAAAAAGAAAAAUGUAAAAUCCUGUACCAUUUAUGAAAUAUGUAUAAAAGAGAUGUAAUUCAAUUAUCAAUAAAAUCCUUAUCCAGUUUUUGGA